ACUUAAUCGUGAACAACAACAACAUUAUCGCAAAAACAAAAGAAAUGUGGAUUCAGAUGGCCCUACGAAACUUGACCACCCAGGAGAAAAGAAGCAUUAUCAUGAAAACAAAAGAAAUGUGGAUUCAGAUGGCCCUACAGGACUUGAGCAAUUUUUAGAAAAUAACGUGUCUACCCCUGCUGAGCAAGAAGUAGUUAUUCCUCUGACUACUGUUCUUCUAAAAACAUUAAAA